AAAUAUUUUAGAAUGUAAGAAAACCGAUGUCAAUACAUCAAGAGAAAAAAUUUAGAAUGGCUACAGCUGUGUCAAGAGUUUAAUGCAAAUAAUAUUACUCCCAGGGAUGUAAAUACCUUGAGGAGAAAAUAUGAUAAUUUGAAAAAAAAAAAUAACAAAACAAAAAUAUGCCGAUGAAAAAUUAUAUAUGCGAGGGACUGGCGGUGGACUGCCUAAAAUCAUAAACAUUGAUUCAGUUGAUCAAUCACUAAAAGAAAUUUUAGGCAGUCGUAUUACAGGAAUGGAAUCAGAAUUCGAUGACGAUAGUAUACUUAAGGCUGUUGAAAAUAAUAAAAUUAACGAAGACGAUAUUAUCGAAAAUCAAGAAGAAGCGGGUUCUUCAAAAAUAGAGGUGCCACAAAAAUUAAACUGGGCAACGUAUAAUCCAAUUAUGUUAAAAAAACCUAGAUCUUUUCCACUUCUUCCGUUAAAUAUACAAGAAAAAAUAAACGAAGCAUCAAGUAAUAAAGCAGAAUCAAGUAAACAACUUGAAGAUACUGAUAAAAUUGACCAAGUAGUAUUUACAAAAAAAAAAAAAAAAUAAAACGGCUAAAGCGCAUAAAUCCACACCCAGAAAUAAUGCCAAUAGCACCUGGACAGAGGUGGGUAGUGCAAAAUUAGAAUUAAUCAAAUUGCAAAUGACCCAGCUGCUAGAAGAGUCAAAAACAAAAAUUGAAAGAGAACGUGAAGAACACGAUUUAAUUAUGAGCCAAAGAAGAAAAGAACAUGCCGUUAAGAUGAAGGUUUUAGAAUUAGAUCUUAAAAUAAAG